AUGUUCAAGGCGCUUAUGGGCAGCCGGUCGUCUUCGGACGUUCGCUCCAAAAGUAGCCGCAAAGACAGGACUGACAGGUCAGAAAGAUCCGAGAGAUCAGUGAGGUCUGACAAGUCCGACACGAGAUCAAUUUCCAGCCGCAAAUCCUCACGGGGUGACGACCGUGAUCGUGGUCUGGGUGAUCUCGAUUCAUACCCCUCCCACCGCAGUCGGCGCGGACCCGCAAGUAUUGCCGACGACUCCGUCGCAUCCUUCGUGACCGCCGAACCAGAACCCAUUGACGAUUACGACCGUUACGUUGAACGAACACCCAAACGCAGAGACAGCGACCGAGAGAGCAAGAGUUCUCGCCGCCGCGAACGGGACCGAUCCGGCAGCCCAGACCGCGAAAGGCGUCGCCGCGGAACCAGCCAUACCAUCGAUGACGACUUCGAUCGGGAGCGCGACCGUCGCGAGCGUCGCCGAACUCACUCCGGGGAUCCAUAUGUGCCUCCGAUUGCAACGCAUAUGCCGUCGAGCGCUCCAGCUGCGCAAUUCCCCGCCGACGGCUCGCCGGGCUUCUCUCAGUACCCCAUGCAAUAUGACAACGCUCUGCCGUCUGCUGGCCAUUCCCCCGAGCACGAUGUCUACGAUCCGCAUGUCCAGCAACAGUUCCCCGGCCAGUUUCCGGACACAGUUGCACAGCCGUAUCGCCCUCCCAAUCCUAACGGCGCGGCUGCGGAUUACUACGGCGACCAAGGCCAAUCGGUUGAGUAUCAGCCUGGUAUUCGACCUGCUCGUCCGGCGAUUCUGCCAAAUACCCAAUCGCACUUAAUGGCAGCUUCUCCGUCGGCAAAUCCUCCCCCUGAGCCCAGUAGCAUGGGCCAGACCGGGGCGGCGGCGGCCUACUUCGACGACGAGUUCUCUGGUCCAGAAGCGAACCCGCCCGUGACUUCGUCAUCGAGGCCUCCAAAGCCCUCAAAGCCUUCGAAGCCAUCUGCGGGCAGUGUUGCAUCCGCUGCGGCUGCGGGCGCUGCCACUUAUGGUGUUGGUAAUAUCACGUCUCACGCUGAUGCAUAUGCGUCAGAGCAGCACAGCUCGUCCUACAACCACCAAAGUCAAACCAUCGGAUACAACCAACCCAUGGCUUACAACCAGCCUAUUCCUUACAACCAGCCAAUGUCUAGUGGAAGUCAGAGCCCCCCAAAACCAUCCCACUCCCAUCACUUCAGCGAGGGUGCUGCCCUUGCCGCCGCUGGAGCCGCCGGAGGAUACCUGGUGGGCCACCACCACAGUUCCUCAAGCCCAGAGCAAGGAUCACCAUACCCUUUCCAGAACUACGAGCAGUCUUCUCAAGCUGGAAUGGUCCCGUAUGCUUCUGGCAACCCUGAAACUCUGCAUGUCGCCGGCCCGGGUGGCCACGCCACGCAUGCCAUCCACAACCCAGGUUUCUACCCCCAUGGACCCAGUGCGCUCGUCAUGCGCGAACGCCAACGGGGUGCUGUUGGGCGCUUCGUCGAUUUCUGGCGUGACCCCGAAGGUGUAGGGAGAUUCGAGGACUACACAGAAACCAUCGGCGUGUGCAAGUAUUGUUUCGCACCCGGCACAACCUCUGUGGAUGCACCUCGCCAGCAUCAUUAUCACGCUCGCCGUCGCCGAAACUCCGCCGAUCGACACAGCAGUGGCAGCUCAAGAGUCAGCAAGUCUAGCCGAUAUAACUCGUCAGAAGAUGAGGGCCGUCGACGCAAGAAGUCCAACAAAUCAUCUUGGCUUCCUGGCAUGCUGGCUGGCUAUGGGGCCAAGUCAUUGUUCACAAGCAAGGAAUUUGAUGACUCUUACAGCAUUCGAUCUGGCCGUGUGCAGUCAUCACACGGCGAGGACGAUGACCGCAGGAGCUAUACUUCUCGCGGUGUGGCUCGUCGUUCUGGCCGUAGCCCACACAGAGAUUAUCACUCGGACUCGAAGCGUCCACAAUCUGCAUACACUCGCAGCAGCCGGUCGCGAUCCCGUUCCUCUUCCCGAUCUGACCGACAUUCAUUCAUGAAAGAGGCUGCGAUCGGUGCGGCAGUUGGUGGAGCUGCCUAUGCCCUUGCGAAAACCCACGACCGCUCUCGCAGUAGUUCACCUGAAGGACGACGCCGACGAAAGGAUUCUACUUCAUCCUCGUCCAUGGUCAAUGUGUCCCGACCAUCCAGAAAGAAGUCUGUCGCCGGUAACAUUGGAUCAUUCUUCACAUCCUCGUCUGAAAACCGGAAGAAGCGCCACUCCAAGAAGCGCAGAGGCUUCUUCUCCUUCAAUGGUGGCUCUUCAUCCUCAUCACUGGACAAUGAUCUUGCAUUUGGUGAUGGCUUCCACAAGAAGUCUCCCAAGUCCAAGAAGAAAGACAAGAAGGGCAAAGAUGUUGAUGCUGCUUUGGUAGGCCUUGGCGCCACGGCAAACCGUCUUGCGGGCUCCUCCCCCCAUGGCCCCGGUCGCAGUGCGGGCCAAAUGUACACCGCCAAAUCUCGUCAUUCCAACUACGCAUCCUCGGCCACGAAUGAUGACGAGUGGGUUGACGAGUCAGAGGAUCAAUCCAGUGUCAGCUCAGCACUGGCAUUUGGAGCGAGCAGCCCUGAUUCUUCAGAUUCGGGGACCAGCAAGUGGGGAUGGAGAUGGGGCAGCAAGAAGGACAAGAAGAAGAAGGACAAGCGGUCGAGUGGCACCAAUACUGCGCUGGCAGUUGGUGCUGGCGCCCUCGGCGCAGCUGCUAUCUCUUCUGCUCGCCACCAUCAUGACAGCAAGCCCACUAGUGAUGGCGCUCUCCAAUAUGUCUAUCCCAUGCCCACAUCCGACCCAUCUCGCUUUGACGCCGCGAAGAUGAACCCCCAAGAUCAUCCCGGAGGCGAACCGACACUUGUUCGCCCGGGUCCUAUUCCUCUUCAGCAGCCCCAGCCUUUCGCCCCUGUUUCUCAAGCAGUGUACACUACCCAGGGCGCACUUCCUGGGACAAUUCCAGCGCACAGUGCGCCUGCUGUUCCCGUUUACGGUGCUGGGUUCCCCCAGUACCGCAUUCAGGACCCGGAGUCCCGCGAUGCUGGAUGGGCUCCUCCUCCAAUGGAUCCAACAUCCCCUGGCCGUGGGCCACACCGACGCUCUGACUCGUUCCCUGUUUACCCAACACAGGAGCCCCUCCCCACCAUUAAGCGUCGCUCUACUGGCAAGGACCAGGCUUCUGUUUCCUUCAACCUGACAGAAGAGCAAGCAGAGAAAGAGCGUCAUCUCAAUCGCCGCGACAAGAGCAAUCGAGAUGAUGUGGUUGACCAACCGCUUGUGUUGUACGAUAGGGAAGAAGAGCUUGCCCGAGAGGAGGAGAAUCAUCGUCGCGAACGUCGCCGGAUGGAGAAGGAGCUCAAGGAGCUGGAGAGGCGCAGAGACGAAGACGACAGAGAGAAAGAGUCUUCGUCCUGGGUUGGUCCUGCCGCCGCUGGACUAAUUGGUGCCGCUGCCACCAGUGCAAUCAUGUCUCGCAAGCAUGAUGAUAAUGUCUCCGAGACCAGCUCACGACACUCCGAGCGCCGCGAAAAGCGCAUUGCCGAGCGUUACCGCUACGAGAAUGAGCAAGAAGGCUCUCUCAUCUCGGCAUUCCCAGCCAGUGAGCCAAUUGAUGAUGAUAUCACCGUCGAACACCGCGAAGAACAGAAGCCUCGAUCCCCUCGCCGCGCUCGCCCAGCCCAAGUUUACGAUGAUUAUGCCGAGUUCUACGCGCCCGAGGAACUCCGCCACAGCCCAGACGUCCACACUGGCAAAUCUACCGGCAUGCCCACUAUUGUGGAAGUGGAGCCUGCCAGUGAGCGACGGGCUCGCGAGGAGCCUAUUCCCGAGCAGGACUAUUCUUACGAACCUUACGAAAACGUUGACCGACUUCCCUGGCCUGUUCCCCGCCUUAACUUCAUUGAGCCCACGCCUCCUCACAGCGUGAAUGGUGGCUCUGUCCGUGAUGCUACCGCCCCAAGUGCACCUGUAGAUACCCCCAAGCGCGACCGACCAACCGGUUCUCGCGUUUCAUGGGGCGAGCAUGAAACACAUGAAUACGAAGUCCCGUCUUGCUCAGAGCAAGACCCUCUUGAUUACGAGUCCCAUGAGGUAUCAGCCAAAGAUAUACCCCUCCCUCCCUCCGAGGUUUCUGCCAGGGAUGUUCCCUUGCCUGCUUCUGAGGUAUCCCAGAACAAGAACGAGAAAUCUCAAUAUGGAAACGACAUUGAGUUCGCUGCUACGAUUGCUGCUGCAACCGCUGCCGCUGGAUUUGAUCCCUCAUUCAUCACCAAUGAUCCUUCGUACCACACGCGCACUUCUCCUCCUGGCUCGGAGGAUGAGGCCCACGCGCCAUUCACCUCUCCUUGGGCUCCACGCAAGCAGGGCUUCGUCGAAGAGGAAGAACUUGACCCCAAGUCUAAGGACAUUUCUUCUCAUGGAGCUCAAGAUAAGGAUGAGCUCUUCUUUGACGAGCCUAAGGCAAUCCAAGAUCGUGAUGCCUACGGACGCCGCGAAAACUCAAUCGCUCAGGAAGUUAUCGAGCAUCUUAAUGGCAAGCGGUCGAACGAUGCUUCCCCAGAGAGAGAUGUUGACACUUUCUCUAUGCCUGGCGGAUUUGAUACAGCUGAUCCACGAGACUUGGUGGAUGACAGGUCUGUUGUCACCGCUCCCUUGGACAACAAGCCAAAAUCCAAGCCCAAGCCUAAGAAAUCCCGCCUCAGCCAGGAGUUUGAAAUCCCCGAGUACAAGGACCAAGACCCCUCUGCUGAAGAGUCGCGCUCAAUUCCAUCUGCGCCCGAACCAGAGGCUUUGCGCGAGCUUCCCGUCAACGACCUCGAGGCAUCUCAAACCCGUGAACCAUCCUCCAUGGGUGACUCUUUCUCCGUUAUCUCUGCUCCCACAUCGAAGGAUGAGACAUCCAAGUCCAAGUCACGGAAGUCUCGUCGCAGUGGCGAUGAAUUUGAGACUGCGCCUCAAGAACCCGAGGUCCCCGCGCCAGACGACUCUUUCUCUGUUAUUUCCGCUCCUGUGUCCAAGGAUGAAACUUCCAAGUCUACCUCCAGGAAGUCUCGUCGCAGCGGCGAUGACUUUGAAUUUGACUCGCGCGAGCGUUCUGAACCUCAAGACAUGGCUCGCUCUUUCGACUCGACUAUACCGCCUACAGAAGAGCCUGCUCUGCCCAAGAAGUCUCGACGCAGCGGAGAUGACUUCGAGGUUGCAUACCAAGAGCCGCGUGAUGACAGCUUCUCUGUUAUCUCAGCUCCAACUUCGAAGGAAGAGACCUCCAAGUCCGAGUCUCGCAAGUCCCGCCGCAGUGGCGACGACUUCGAGGCUGAGAACCAAGAACGUGAACUUGCCGAGCCCCGGGACGAUUCAUUCUCCGUCAUUUCUGCUCCCGUCUCGAAGGAUGAGACAUCCAAGUCCAAGUCCCGGAAGUCUCGUCGCAGCGGUGAUGACUUUGAGAUCUAUGAAUCCCGUGAGCCCUCUGAGUCUCGCGAAGUAUCUCGCUCCGCUACAUCUACUCCUGCCCCCAAGGAGGAGUCCAAGCACAGAAAGUCAAGACGUAGCGGCGAUGAUUACUCUUCCCGCUCGCGAGAGGUAUCUCUGGCCCGUGACGAUCGCUCCAUCCUCUCCGCACCUGUGUCCAAGGACGAGACUUCCAAGUCUAGACGAUCUCGCCGCAGUGGAGAUGAUUUCGACAUCUCGCGAUCGCGUGAUGUGUCCGAAGUCCGCGAUGACUCCCGCUCCGUCAUUUCUGAAUCAGGAAAGUCUCGCCGCUCCCGUCGCAGCGAUGACUUCGACCCUCGUCGGGAUGCUGGAACCCCGCCUCCCGAUGACGACAAUGGCGACGAGAAGAAGAGACGCCGCAAGCGUCGCUCCAAGCACGAGGGUGACAGCUAUGCUGACGAUGAUGCUCGCUCUAUUACUACAGAUGCUGCGGAUGAUAACAAGUCUGAGCGCCGUAGGCACCGCCACCGUUCGUCGAGGGAUUUCGAUGACACCGCCUCAAUUACAUCCGCUAUCACUGAUGUUGCGGAUGACAAGUCUGAGCGCCGCAGGCAUCGUAGCCGAUCGUCCAGGGACUUUGAUGAUAAUGCAUCUGUGACCUCCUCUCCAGCCCGGAUCUCUGAAUCCCGCGAAAGGGGCAAGGACAAGAAGGAUAAGAGCGGUGGUUUCUUGAGAAGUCUCUUCGGCUCGCAGGUCUCGGCUCCUGCAGAACGCGUUCGUUCCGACCAUUCUCGUGAUCACUCCCGGUCUUCCUCGUUGGACAAACGUUCGUCCCGCGAGGCCAUCUCCGAAGCCGGAGGCGAUGAUGAGCGCCGCCGCCGCAAGAAGCGUUCCUCCAAGAGCCGCACCUCCAGCAACGGAGAUGAAUUGGAUGCUUACCUGUCAGACAAGGAGAAGCGCGACCCUAAUCUGGAGGAGUACAGAUCGAGUAGGCAACGCAAGGAAGAAGAACGUCGCCAUAAGUAUGAGGACAUUGUGGAUUCUGGAAGGAAACGGGAUUCCGCAAAGGACUUUAAAGACGACGAUUCUUUUUUAAGCGAGGGCCCCGGACUUCCCGCUGAUCGCACCACCGGUGCUUCGGGGCCUCCAGAGGAUGCCGCUGUCGCCGCGGGCUUAGACCUGAACGAGGUCCUACAGCAGAGGCCUCGGAGCCGUUCAAUUUCGCCCCCGAACGCCGAAAAAACCCUGGAUCUGACGCCCAAGUCAAGGAGUAGACCAGCUUCACCAGACUCAGGCCGUCACCCCGCCCAGCGGAGACACUCCGUUGCCAAAUCAACUGAGUCACCUACCGCUGUGCCCUUGCACUUCCGCCGGCCCCCAACCUCUCCAGGCCUUUCUCGAGCUGUACCAGUUGAGCCCGCGACCUCCCCCGGCUCGCCGAGCCAACAGCGUCACCGCCGUCCCGGCUCAGUGGAGUUCCGCAACUCGCGAGAGAUUAGACCACUAUGGCUCGUUGAGCGCCACAGCGCCGCCAAGGGCGAGCCAGAAGAAGAGAGUCAUCUCCCAUCCCUCCCAUCAAGCAAAGGUUCCUCGCGAGUCCCUUCAAUUGAGAAUUUGAAGGAUCUCAACGACGAUGAAAUGAAGAGUUGGGAACACGUCGAUCUAAGCCACGAAAUCACGGAACGUCCAAACCUGACGAUCUCAACUGAUCAGGCCAAUGAGCAUCGUGAACGUGAUCUUGAUCUCCUCGACUCCCAGCAGGCCACGCCCACUGCGGAGCAUCACGACGAAAACAAAGGAAGACCUCACUAUGAGUUCCACUCUCCUUCUGAGCUCCUGCAGGACCCCGCGUCGUUGGAUGAGAUCACCUCAAAGUCGUUCGAACGCUUGCCCUCUGUUGAAGGCUCAGUCGUCGGAGACAAUGCUCGCGAACUAAGUGCUGACGACAAGAGUAAGGAGACCGAUCGUGCGCUUGAUGCCCUUGAGGGCCGAACACAGCCAGACCGAACCCCCACACAGGAGAAAGACUCUUUCAAUUUCAACCAGGGUGGUUUCGCGAACAUUGUUGAUGCCGCUGCCAUUGCCGCUGUGAAGGAGCAUGAUGAGCGGGCUGCACCCGCAGACAAGGCUGAGCCUGGCUUUGGCGACAUCGUCAACCAAGCAGUCGCUCAAUCUUUCGAUGAUCGCAAACCCGAGGAUAAUGCCGGAAUUGAUCCUGCUCCUGAGUCAUCGAAGGACUUGGUCCCUGAAAUGACUGAGCAGCCGGUCGAAGAGCCUCAACCUGAACCUUCUGAGCCUGCAGCUGAUAACAUCGAGGCUCCGCAGCUUUCAAAGAAGCAGAAGAAGAAGAAGGGCAAGAAGAACCAAGCUCAGGAAGAUGUGCCUCAAGAACCGACGGAGGAACAGAGUCUCCCAACUGAGACCCCUGUUGAGACCCCGGCUGAGACACCCUUUGAGACACCCGCUGAGACUCCCACUGAGAUCCCCGAGAAUGUUCCUGAACCUCAGUUUGAGCCUUUGGAAUCCUCGCGUGAAAUCCAACUCGAGCCAGAGGUCGCGCUUGCUGAAGGCGAAGCAACUCCUCAACCGGAACCUGAGGCCAGUGCAGCUGAAGUAACUACGGAUAUCGCAACCGAACCUCAGGCCGCAGCUGAGUCUACUGAGCCAGCUGUUGAACCCACGCCAGAGACCGAGGUGGUGCCUACCGAACUCGAGCAAGCUGAGGACACAGCAUCUUCAUCUAAGAAGUCGAAGAAGGACAAGAAAAAGAAGAAGAAGGGUAAGAAUGCUGCCACCGAGGAACCUACCGAAGAUGUAGCUACUGCGCAAUCCGUCGAAGAGUCUCCUGCCGUGGAGGCGACGGAGGCUACUACUUCUACCAACGAGCCUGCUUCACAAGAACUUCCCGUGGACCAAGUUCAUACAGAAGAAGCAAUCAAGGCGGAACUUGUCCCUGCUACCGAGGAGCCUGCAAUGCCAGCUGAGCGGGAGAUGCCAGCAGGCGAGACAUCCGAACCUGUUUUCGCCGAUGCCAACGAAAAUCAGACCCCAGAAGCUGCCCCUCGGAGCAUUGAUGAUACCGCACCAGUGGCUCUUGAUGAGUCCAACUUUGUGCCUGAAACACCCAAAGAAGAGACGGGAAGCGAAGAGAACUUCCAAGAGGCUGUCGAGGAACAGGGCCCUCAGCCCAUUGAAGAACAGAUAUCGCUGCCCGCCGAAGAGAAGGAACCUACAUCCGAACCUGCGACGGAAGAGCGGCAAGUCGAAGAAACACCCGCGGAAGCCACAGAGUCCAAGUCAGAGAAGCGCAAGAACAAGAAGAAGAAGAACCGCAAAUCUGCCGUUGAGGAGACGGUCGACGAACCUGUUGUUGAGACUGAAUCUCUUCAGCCAGCAACUGAGGAGGCUCAGCCUGAGCAAUCAGUGCCAAUCAGCGGUGAAGCCUUGCCCUCUGAUCUUGACAAGGAUGUCGAGCUGCCUUCUGAACCAGCUGCCCAAGAGCCAACUCCCGCCCUGGAGCAAGAGGCUCCUUCUUCCGAGACAGUGGAUCCCAGUGCCCCAGUCGAGGCUAAUGCCACUGAAGAGUCUUCCCGUGACAUUCCAGAAGACACGGUAGAAUUCCAACCCGAACCAGGAUCCGUGGCUCCUGUGGAAGACUCCGCUCAUGAAACCACCGAGCCUGCCCUCGCCACUCAGGCUGAACCUGAACCUGAGGCUGAAACGGAAGUCGCCAUGACGGAAGUCGCCAUGACUCCUGCUCAGAAGAAGAAGGCAAAGAAGGACAAGAAGAAGAAGGGCAAGGAGAGCCAAGCUUCUGUCCCCGAGGAAGAGGUUCUGCCUGAGUCUGCCGAAACAGCUCCGCCAGCUAAUACAGCUGUUGAAGAGGCUGCUAAGGAAACUGCCGCCCCCGAGGAGGCACCCAUGGAAAUGGCACCGGAAGCCGAACAUCAGGUUCCCGCCGAGGUCGAGGCCCCCGCUGAGACCGAGCAAAUUUCCGUUCCCGAGCAGCCCGCAGAGCUCGAGAAGCCCCAAGAAGAAAGUGCCUCCCUCGCGGAGCCAGCAGCGGAAACAGUAGAGGCAGAGACCCCACUCGAGUCCAAUGAGCCUGUAGAGCAGGAGAAAACCGAGGAGGCUGCCGCUGAGCCAGAAGUUCCCAUGACAGCUGCUGAGAAGAAGAAGGCGAAGAAGAACAAGAAGAAGCAGCAGAAGCAGGAGGAAGAUGUGAUCCCGGCUCAAGAGGAUACUCCACCGACUGACCUCGCCUCUCAGCCCGGACCAGAGGAGGUCCCAGAGGCUAGCAGGGAUCUGGCACCGGCAGAAGGCACUGAAGCCGUUGAUCCCCCCUCCAUGGACACUGAGGCUCCUUCCCAAGACACCCCAGUUGAAGCCACAGAACCAGAAGUGGCCCCGGCCCCUGAAGAUGCUGCUCCCACCGAUGUUCCCCCUCCCUUGGAGACCGAGGCUGCAGUAGUUGAAGAGACCUCCGCCCCCGGAGCUGUUCAGCCUGGCGAUGAUGCACCUGUGCCUGCCGACGACACAAUUGCCGCUCCUCUGGAGGCAGAUGUUGCCAAGGAAGACGAGCCCUCAGUGGAGGCUGAGGUUCCAAUGACUGCCGCGGAGAAGAAGAAGGCUAAAAAGAACAAGAAGAAGAAGAACCAGUCUGCUCAGCCUGAAGAAGAGCCAACUACCGAGACUGAGCCUUCUCCCGCCGAAGACAAGUCAGCCAAGACUCCUGCUGAAGCUGCCCCGGAGGCCGAGGCUGCACACACAUCCGAAGCCGGUGAGCAGCCUACUGAGCCUGAGGUGGCCCGCGAGAUCGAUGUCGACGCCACAUCUGCCGACCAGCAAACUCCAGAUGCGCAGAACGUUGAUGCUGAGACAUCUGAGCCAUCCACCGAGCUACCUGCUGCCACGCCCGAAGUAUCUGAACAAGUUUCCGAUGUCCCAGCUAGUACCGAGGCCGAGCCCCAGGUGGACGAAACAGCUACUCCCACCGAAGGUCAAGAAGAGCAGAAGGUUGGAGUUGCCGCUGAAGAGUCUCCGGAGAAGAUCGCAGAGGAAAAGCCCAAUGAAUCCGCCACAGAGCCAGCUGAAGAAGAGGCAAUUACACCUGCACAGAAACGAAAGGCCAAGAAAGACAAGAAGAAGAAGAGCCAAUCUGCUGCCGCUGAGGAUGAGCAAGUUGCCCCUUCUGAGGAGGCCACGGCUGUACCUGCUGAAGAGGAGACCAAGCCCGCCGAGGAGGAGACACAGCCUGUUGUCGCUGAGGAUCCCAUCGAGCCAGCUGUGGCCCAGGAGUCCGAACAAGUUCCAGAGCCAGAGGCGGCGCCCCCUGUUACCGAAGAGGAGCCCCCAAAGGCCGAGGAAGCCACUCCAGCCGAAGAGACCACUCAGCCGGAAACCCCCAUUGAUUCCGAAGCCGCUGAGGUAGACGAGUUUGCGGGUAUGAAUGCUGCUCAACGAAAGAAGGCCAAGAGGGAGAAGAAGAAGCGCCAGUCGCUCGCCGCUGAACAAGACCCUGCACCUGCAGAGGAAGAGCCCAAAGCUGCUCCCGAGGAAAGCCCAGCCGACGAACAGCCAGUCCCCGAAGAUACCAAGGAAGUUUCUCCCACCGAAUCCCUCGAGCCAGUUGCCCUUCAAGAGGCUGAGCCCGUCUCUCUUGAAAAGGAUGCAGAGACACCUGCCGUGGAAGAAGAAGCACCAAAGGCUGAAGAUCCUUCACCAGCUGAAGAUACCGUCCAGCCAGAAGCCCCUGUCGACGAGGCUGCUGCUGAAGCCGACGAAUUUGCGGGCAUGACUGCCGCUCAAAGGAAGAAGGCCAAGAAGGAGAAGAAGCGCCAGUCACUCGCCGCUGAACAACAGUCUACGCCCAUAGAGGAAGAACCGAAGGCUGCGCCUUCCGAGGAGCAGCCCGUUGAAGAUCAGCCGGCUGUACAGGAGGCUACAGAUACGAUCGCAGAGGAAUCCACCGAGCGUUCUCUUGAAAAUAACCCCGGACCAGCAAUCGCAGAAGAGGAAGCGCCAAAACCUGAAGAACCUACUGCAGCUGAAGAGAUUGCCGCGCCAGAGACCCCUGCUGAGCCUGCUGCCGCCGAAGUAGAUGAAUUCGCGGGAAUGACUGCUGCCCAGAGGAAGAAAGCUAAAAAAGAGAAGAAACGUCAGUCUCUCGCUGCCGAGGAGUCGAAGCCUACAAUUCCCGAGGAUGAGGCCAAGUCAGCCCCCAGCGAAGAGGAGCAGCCUGCGUCCACUGAAGCUGUCCAAGAUGUGCCUUCCGAGGCCGCUGAAACUGCCGAGCCAUCUUCCCUGCAGGAUGCUGAGACCUCGCCUGAACAAACCGCUGAAGCACCUGCAGUUGAAGAGGCAUCAAAGACCGAAGAGAUCUCUCCUGUCGAAGCCGCCCCUACGGCCGACGAGCCUGCUGAUGCCGCCGCCGCCGAAGCGGCAGAGGAGGCCGAGUUCGAGGGCAUGACCCCGGCCCAAAAGCGCAAAGCUAAGAAAGACAAGAAACGACAGCAGCGCAAGUCAGUCGCGUUUGAGGAAGAUACAACUCCAGCUGAAGAGCCUAAGCCAGACCAAGAGCCGCCUGCUGAAAGCAACCCCGAAUCGCAAGAAGCUUCAGCUGACCUCCCUGGCUCGGAAGAGACUCCCAAGGAUUUGCCAUCUAACGAAGAGGUUUCUGAGACUCCCGCAGAAGAAAAGGAGACUGAGGGACCUGCCAAUACUGAGUCGGAGGGGCCGAAACCUGCCGCUGAAUCUGUUGAACAAACGGAAACAGAUGCUCAACCUCCCACGGAAGAGUCUUCUACAAAUCCCGAGGUCGACGAAUACGCUGGGAUGACCGCUGCUCAGAAGAAGAAGGCCAAGAAGAACAAGAAGAAGGGCAAAUCAGCGGAUGCGACUGAAGAGGCCGCGGUUGAAACCCCCGAAACCCAACCAGAGACUACUGAGCAGGAGCAAGUGAUCGAAUCUGAACAACCCAAGACCGAAGAUCUCGACACCACUGCGGUUUUAUCCGAAGAUGCACCUAAGGACGAAGUUUCUGAAGCCAAGGAGCCCGAUAGCGAGACUAAAGCCGCCGACGAAACGAGUCAGCCGGAUGCUGUUGCCGACACCCCUGCCGCCGAAGUCGACGAAUACGCGGGAAUGACCGCCGCUCAAAAGAAGAAGGCCAAGAAGGCCAAAAAGCGACAGUCCAAGGGCAACGCCGCCGAUGAUAGCUCUGCUCCGCCCACCGAGCCCGCGACGCCAAUUGAAGAAAAUAGCGUGGAGAAGGUCCUCACUUCGACGGACACAGACGCCCCUGGACUUCCCGCGACGGCAACCUCGCCUGCGGAACAUGACGGUAAAGAUCAGUCCCACGACGAAACAAACGCUUCGGCGCAAGAAACAACCUCGACUGAUAACUUCAUGUCUUCGCAGGUUGAGACGUCGACAGAGAGUCCUUUUUUAGAUUUUCCUCCCCAACCCGUGCUUGAGCGUUCAGUCAUUUCCGGCGAGUUGGAGGAGGUAGCUGCUCCGCAGGAGGGUGAUGUUGCCCCUUCUGCACAGGAGCCUGAUGUUGUUGAGUCUUCUCUUGAAGAGAAGGCUGCUGGUGAAGUUGGUGAGGAGAUUUCGUCCGUGCCGGAAGCGGGCGAUUUCUCAGAGAAGGUCGAAGAUACGUCUGUGGAUGUGCCGGUGGAAGCUGUUCCCAAGCCACAGACUGAAGAAGCCCCCCUGGAGGAAGAGGCUGUGGAGACCGCUGUUUCUAAGAAACAGAAGAAAAAGAACAAAAAGAAUAAAAAACAAGAGGAGGAAACGGUUGAAGCUCCAGCUAACGAUGUUGAUGUGGCUACUGGAGAAGAAGAGAAGGAGAUGUCCAAUGUUGUGCCCUCAAUUGAGGCCGAAGCUCAGCCUGAAUUACCAGCCGUUGAAGACAAUCAAGCCGAGCCAACUGCUGAGCCGGAGCCAGUCGUCGACAAGCCAACCGUUGAAGAGCCAGCCGUCGCAGAGCCAAUCAUUCAACCUGAACCAGCCAUCGAAACGACGCCAAUCGUCGAAGAGCCAGUCGUUGAACAGACAGCCGCUGCGGAACCAGUCAAUCAAGACGAGCCGGUCGUCGAAAAACCCCCAAUUGUCGAAGAGCCAGCCGCUCAAGCCGAGGCAACUGUUGAACCGGAACCAGUCAUCGAUGAAACAAGUGUCGAUGAACCAACAGUUGAAGAGCCAGUCGUUCAUGCCGAGGCAACUGUUGAACCGGAACCAGUCAUCGAUGAAACAAGUGUCGAUGAACCAACAGUUGAAGAGCCAGUCGUUCAGGCCGAACGAAACGUUGAAACGGAGCCAGUCGUCGAUGAACCAAGUGUCGAUGAACCAACAGUUGAAGAGCCAGUCGUUCAGGCCGAACGAAACGUUGAAACGGAGCCAAUUGUCGUUGAGCCAACAACUGAAGACUCCGCCGUUGUAGUCGAGCCAGCUGUUGAAACGGAGCCAGUCGUCGAGAACUCAAUCAUCGAUGAUCCAACGAACCAAGCCCCGUCAACAAAAGCUUUAGAGGAACAGACAGAAGAACACCAUGUUGAACAGUCUUCUGCUGACCAGCCAAUUGAUACCCCUGAAGAGACCAAGGAACUCAACGUUUCAGCAGCCGAGAAUAUUGAAACCCCGAUUCUCGAAGGCCCGGCGGAAGAGGAGACUGAGCAGCCUUCGCUCUCUAAAAAGAAGAGCAAAAAGGACAAGAAGAGAGAACGCCAACAAGCUCUGGCUCAAGAACAAGAGGCUAUCUCUCAGCAAGAGGCCACGCCAGCAUUGGAAGCACUCGACGCUCCUGCUCCCGAAUUGGAGCCCCAGGUUGCUACGGAAAAUGUACCUGAAGACGAGAAGCCCCAAGAUGACCUUGCUUUUACAGAAGCCGACCCGAGUGCUGAGCCGAUUGAGCACCCCGUCCAUGAUGCUGAACCUGCUGCUGAAGCUGAGCACCAUGCUUCGAACAAAGAGCUCGCAUCCGAAGAAGCUUCCGCCGAGCCCUCUUCAGCCGAAUCUCAACCCGAGGAAGCAGUCAAGACCCUCGAGUCGACCGAAGCUGGCCCUCAGGUCUCAGAGGCCGAGCUCCCCACUGAAAACCCCGAAGCCGAGGCUUCCGCAGAGCUUGUCGCUGGGGCUGUAGAGGAACCGCCAUCUGCACCCAAGAAGAUGAGCAAGAAAGAGCAAAAGAAGGCUGCCGCUGCCGCUGCCGCUGCCGCAGCUAGUCUCGAGGAAGACAAUUCUCCCGAGCAAAAACUUGCCCCCAACGAGCCUGCAGCAGUCGCCACCGAAGCUCCCGAUGAGGUGGCAGCACAACCACUUGCCGAAGAGCAAGUGCCCACCGAAUCAAAGGAUGAGCCCGAGCCCAUGGUGGAACGAUCUCUUGAAGAACCAAAGGAGAUAGCCACUCCCGAGCACGCGGAAACCCUUGAACAGAAGCCUGUUGAGUCUUCUGAGCCCAUCGAACAAGUUAGUCUUGAGGCUUUACCAGAUGAUAACACUCAAGAGCCACCCAAUGAGCCAGCCAGCGAAGGCCCCUCUCGCAAAAUGUCAAAGAAGGAGAAGAAGAAGGCCAAGAAAGACCUCAAGCAGGAACCCAUUGAGCCAACUUCUACCGGGCCUGAGGAGCCUAUAUCCACUGUCCAGCCUGAUGUUUCGGAGGUUGCACCCGAACAAGUGGCUUUAGACGAGCCAAUGGCCGAAUCUGUUCUGGAACAUGAGACUAUUCAACCGGAAUCAUUGGAUCAAAGUCCUGUAGCUACCGCCGGAACAAGCGAAGAGCCCAAGAGCGAGGACGUCGUUCCCGAAGACAAUCAGCACCCGGAGACUGUGAAGGAUGAGGCAGUUGUCUCUCAGGAGACCGCCGACGUUGCUCCUACUGAAGCAGAGACAUUGGAUAUUCCCACAGACGUCGCAGAAAAGCCUACUUCUCCCGAACAGACUGCUGAUGAGCAUCUCGACAAAGCAACCGACAACGGACUCCCCGAGCUUUCGACUGACAAGCCUCAUGAGGCUCAAGAAGCGUCAGAAUUGCCCAAGAAGAUGUCAAAGAAGGACAAGCGUAAGGCGAAGAAGAAUGCUGGCAUUGUCGACGAGACGCCUGAGCCGCAACCUGAACAGGCUACGGUCGAUGUUGCCGAAACCCCGGCUGAGAUUGAAAAACAAACAUCAGAGCCCGCUAUUGAGGCGCCAGCUCAAUCGGAACCAGAGCCUGAUGUAGCCCAGGCUGUUUCGGAGCGAGAGCUGCUCGUUGAUUCUCCGCUUCCAAUUGAAGAACAGCCCACACCCGAGCCGGAAGUUCCAGCUGAAUCCCAGCAAGCUGAGCCUGAGCCCGCUCAGCAGGACCCGAUUCUGUCGCAAAAGGCAGCCAAGAAAAAAGCCAAGAAGGCCCAAAAAGCCGAAAAAUCUCUGGACAUCGAGCCAGCAACUGAACAAGAGUCCACUACUGCAGAGAACGUUCAAAUCGCACCUUUUGAAGAUGAACCGCCCAAGGCCCCAGAGGCAACAUCGCCACCAAAGAAAUCCGCACAGGAUGACGACGAUUGGCCUGCCAUUGACUGGGAGCAAAAGGUCGAUCGUUCCCAGCAACCGAGGGAGGCGGAUCUUGGGCCCGAGCCGGUACCAACAUCGGGACAAGAUAUCAUUGCAGAAUUCGAAGACUCUUCUGCCCCAGAAGCCCAGGAAAACGAAGCACUUGAGCAGACCAGCGAUCAUGCUUCCUUGCCGUUGAGCAAAAAAGACAAGAAGAAGGCCAAGAAGGACAAGAUCCAGUCCCAAGAAGCUGUCGCCGAAAAGCCCGUGGAAAAAUUCGACAGGGCAGUGGAAGCGCCUCCUCGAACAACUACUCCCGGUGGAUCUAAGAUUGCGAAUAUCUUCCCCGGCCUAGAGCGUGGUGGCUACAAGAAAAGCGUGGAAAAGCUGUCGUCACUCAACGAAAGCCAUAAACCAAAAGUCGAGCCAGAAGCCAGUCGCGAGCUAGCAGCUCCUGUUGCAGAAGCCGCACCUUCGGAGUCGAAAGAGCUUCCCCACGCUCCCAAACUACCUAGCCUCGAAGAACAGAUCGAGUCUGCUAUUGCGCAUGUGAAGUCCUACGACGAAAUUCCUACAGAGAAGGAGACUACCAAGAUUCCCGAGGACGAUGUUCCUACACAAGACAAGCAACCUUUGGAUGCGCCAGUCUCAUUUCCCCCAGAUACUCGCGAGGACUCAACCCAAUUCUCGCCCGAACAGGCCGGAGAGGAUCAAUGCGAGCUCCGUCGAUCGCCCUCCAUUCACGGACGACACCAAGCCACCCCUAGGACUUGGAGCCUCGACGAUCCAUCGCUACCAGCCACCGGACCCUCCCCUCCUCGGUCUGUCUUCGGAGGGCCGAGCGAGGAGUCCUUCAGUCGGCCUCGGACACCGCUCGAUACCAUUGCGGAACAAGAGCCCCGGGAAGGUCGUCCCGCCACCAAGGGUCGAAGGGGCACUCCUCGCUUGGAGAUGAAGGCGGAGCAUGUCUUGCCUCGACCUCAAACUCCUGUGCGCAAGUUCACGGAUAAUGCGUUUGACCGAGAGUCAUGGCCUACGGAUGAAAGCAAAAAAAUCGUCCGGGCUGGAUCUCGAGAGACAAUUGAAGUCACCAAGACUCCUGAACAAGGGUUUCAGAUUCUGAAGCCCAGCACGAGCAGCGGAAGAUUACGUCGCACGAAGCGCAGCGUUAGCGGCGAUCUGCGGGCGGCGAGUCAGUCCCAGCCUUCCUCCACCGAUCUCGACCAGCUCCCGUCUUCUUCUUCUUACGACCCCGUCACCGACAAGGGCAAGCGUCCUAUGCGCAACAUGUCGGACGUUUAUGAGGGUUGGGGUGAAACGCCAAGCUCCCCGCGGUCGCCCAGCCGACCGCCUAGUGUCCGUCGUCGCCGUAGCAUGCAACACUUGCAAGACAUUGAGACUCGAAUCGAUCAGCUCAUUUCAGAAAAUCGUCUAUUGAUUGCUGCCCGUGAUGAGGCCGAAGACAAACUACGAAACGCCAGUGUCGCUCGCCGGAAGAGCGACCGCGCCCUCAACACCCGCGACGGGGAUCUUCGCGACCGAGAUGCGGAGGUGGAACAAUUGAAGAACUCAGUGGAAUGGCUACAAAAAGAGACAUCCCGUCUCACCAAUGAGAAUGAGUCCAUCACAGCUUCCAAUGCUGCCCUCGCCGCCGCCCACUCGGCCGAAGUCAGCGCUGUCCGCGACAACUCGGCCCACGAAUUGGCCGAGUUACGGGCAAAACACACCAAACUCUCGUCCAAAAUGGACGAAAGAGUUCGCCAAGAGAUCGAGUCUGCGCUGGCGCAGAAGGAUAUCGAACUGCGACGCCUGCGCACCGAACUCGAAGAAGCUCGCGACAAGGUCAAGGAGCUACAACAACAAAUCUCGGCUUCAGUACACGACAAUGCCCUCGUCUUCCGGGACGAGGAAUACUUCGAUGCCGCGUGCCAAAAGCUCUGCGGUCACGUCCAGUCGUGGGUGGUGCGAUUCUCCAAGCACAACGACAAGCGUCGCUGCCGCCCACUCGCCGAGCUGAAAGACGAAAAGAUCGCAGACCGGUUCGAUAAUGCCCUGCUGGACGGAUCCGAUCCUGACGCAUACCUGUCGGAUCGAGUCCGCCGCCGCGACGUCUUCAUGUCUGUGGUCAUGACUAUGGUUUGGGAAUACAUCUUCACCCGCUACCUGUUCGGCAUGGACCGUGAACAACGUCAAAAACUCAAGUCCCUCGAGAAACAACUGGGUGAGGUCGGCCCCAGCCGAGCUGUGCAUCGCUGGCGAGCCACAACCCUCACCCUCCUCUCUCGUCGCCCCGCCUUCGCCGCCCAGCGCGAGAACGACACCGAGGCCGUCACCCUGGAAAUUUUCCAGACCCUCUCCCGUGUCCUCCCUCCCCCCUCCCACGUCGAGUCCCAACUCCUCGACAACCUCCGCAAAAUUAUGCGUGUGGCGGUCAACCUCUCUCUGGAGAUGCGUACCCAACUCGCCGAAUUCAUCAUGCUCCCUCCCCUCCAGCCGGAAUACGACAUCAACGGCGAUCUCGCCCGACAGGUCUACUUCAACGCUGCGCUCAUGAACGAGCGUAGCGGACUGACCACCAACAACGAAGACCUCGAGUCUCAGCAGUCCGUUGUCCGCAUCGUGCUCUUCCCCCUCGUCGUCAAGAAGGGCAACGAUGUCGGCGAGGGCGAUGACGAAGUCGUCGUGUGUCCCGCCCAGGUCCUCAUCGCUCGUCCGCUCAAGGAUAAGAAAUUCCCUGGCAUGAGUGACCGCAUGUCCGUUGACGGGUCGAGAUCCGUCCAAAGUUUCGCUCCCAGUGUUGCCCCUUCGUCAAUGAUGGACAUGAGUAAUGUGAUUUGA